ACGGAAGAGGAGACGAAGGAGACGAAGGCGAGUCUCGAGAGCGCAAGGAUGGGGCUGACGAGCGCCGAGUUCCCCCGCCCGGGUUCGGGGGCUUCGGAACGACGGUUUUGAGCGCUGGGAGAUGGCAUAAAGCCGGAGAGGAUCGUUGCGUUUUUGCCAAGGGGGUCUUUUCUCUCCCUUCCCCCCCCACCCCGCCACCCCUCCGCCUUCUCCGGGGGGAGCCUGCCCUCCUCGCUUUGCUUCAUCCCGUACACACGCCUGCUGCAAGGGAGUCGCAGAUCGCUUACCCGGAGCCUUUUCAUACGAGGGGAAUUUGCAGCAAAGAGAAAUAAAAACAUACUUAUCUAGGCUGAAGGUGCUGCUUUCAGUCCAUGCUUGUGUAGAGGAGCUCAGAUGGGAUUAAAGUCCACAUGGAGGCAUGGAAGAAGACCAGGGACUGGCACUGAGAAGAUGAUCAGUUGGGAUUCAUGUUGCCUUAUCUGCCUGGUGGUGGUCACCAUGGCUGGAUUUUCAUGGGCUCGGCCAUCGUACACCACUCUGGAACCUGAAGAGCCACCAACCAAAUAUCAAAUCUCUCAGUCCGAGGCACACUCUGCACUUCCAGGAGAUACUCUGAAGUUGCGCUGUCAGAUGAAAGAUGCCACCACAAUCACUUGGACUAAAGAUGGGGUCCGUUUGUUGCCCAACAAUCGAACAGUCAUGACUGGGGAAUACUUGUGGAUUAAAGAUACUACACCCAGGGAUUCAGGCCUUUAUGCUUGCACAUUUAGGACUGUAGAAAGUGAAACCCUUUACUUCAUUGUAAAUAUUACAGAUGUUCUUUCUUCUGGAGAUGAUGAAGAUGACAAUGAUGGCUCUGAGGAUUUUGUGAAUGACAACAACGCAAUCAAAGCACCUAAAUGGACUCAAACUGAAAAAAUGGAGAAGAGGUUACAUGCCGUUCCAGCAGCUAACACUGUAAAGUUCCGUUGUCCAGCUACAGGAAACCCUAUACCAACCAUGAGGUGGUUAAAAAAUGGGAAGGAAUUUAAGCAAGAACAUCGGAUUGGUGGAUACAAGGUACGAAAUCAGCACUGGAGCCUCAUAAUGGAAAGUGUCGUCCCCUCAGACAAAGGAAAUUAUACCUGUAUUGUGGAGAAUGUACAUGGAUCCAUCAAUCACACAUACCACCUUGAUGUUGUUGAACGUUCACCACACAGGCCUAUCUUGCAAGCUGGGCUACCAGCGAACACCUCUGCGGUUGUUGGGGGAGAUGCAGAGUUUGUGUGCAAAGUCUACAGUGAUGCCCAGCCUCAUAUCCAGUGGAUAAAGCAUGUUGAAAGGAAUGGAAGUAAAUAUGGCCCAGAUGGACUACCCUAUCUGGAAGUUUUAAAGGCUGCCGGUGUUAACACCACGGACAAAGAGAUUGAGGUUCUCUAUUUACGGAAUGUAACUUUUGAGGAUGCUGGGGAGUAUACAUGCUUGGCGGGUAAUUCUAUUGGGAUAUCCUUUCACUCUGCAUGGUUGACAGUUCUGCCAGCUCCGGUAGAAGAGAGACCAUUUCCCACAUCCCCAGACUAUGUGGAGAUAGCCAUUUACUGCGUAGGGGUCUUCCUGAUUAUCUGCAUGGUAUCGACUGUCUUCUUCUGCCGCAUGAGAUCCAGCACCAAGAAGCCAGACUUCAGUAGCCAACCAGCUGUGCACAAGCUGACCAAGCGCAUACCUCUGCGCAGACAGGUAACAGUAUCUGCCGACUCUAGCUCUUCCAUGAACUCCAACACGCCCUUAGUGAGGAUAACUACUCGCCUCUCCUCCAAUGCAGAUGCUCCAAUGUUGGCAGGAGUUUCAGAGUACGAACUACCAGAGGAUCCAAAAUGGGAGUUCCCAAGAGAUAAGUUGACUCUAGGAAAACCUCUUGGGGAAGGAUGCUUUGGUCAAGUGGUCAUGGCAGAAGCAGUGGGAAUUGACAAAGACAAGCCCAAAGAAGCUGUUACCGUUGCAGUGAAAAUGCUGAAAGACGAUGCUACAGAAAAAGACCUGUCUGACCUGGUGUCCGAGAUGGAGAUGAUGAAAAUGAUUGGGAAGCACAAAAACAUCAUCAAUCUCCUUGGGGCAUGCACACAGGAUGGGCCAUUGUAUGUCAUCGUUGAGUAUGCUUCCAAAGGGAAUUUGCGAGAAUACCUGCGAGCGCGACGGCCACCAGGAAUGGAAUACUCGUUUGACAUUAACCGAGUACCUGAGGAGCAGAUGACAUUCAAAGAUUUAGUCUCAUGUACAUACCAGCUGGCAAGAGGCAUGGAGUACUUAGCAUCACAAAAAUGUAUCCAUCGAGACCUUGCCGCAAGGAAUGUUUUGGUGACUGAAAAUAAUGUCAUGAAAAUAGCUGACUUUGGGCUGGCCAGAGACAUCAACAAUAUAGAUUAUUAUAAAAAGACUACUAAUGGUCGACUGCCUGUGAAGUGGAUGGCACCAGAAGCUCUCUUUGACAGAGUUUAUACACAUCAAAGUGAUGUGUGGUCAUUUGGUGUCCUAAUGUGGGAGAUAUUUACUUUAGGAGGAUCACCAUAUCCAGGAAUCCCAGUGGAAGAGCUUUUCAAGCUGCUUAAGGAAGGGCACAGAAUGGAUAAGCCUGCCAAUUGCACCAAUGAACUCUACAUGAUGAUGAGAGAUUGUUGGCAUGCAGUGCCUUCACAGAGGCCAACCUUUAAGCAGCUUGUGGAAGAUUUAGAUCGGAUCCUUACUCUUACAACCAAUGAGGAAUAUCUUGACCUCAGUGGGCCGCUGGAACAAUAUUCACCUGGCUAUCCAGACACCAGAAGUUCCUGUUCUUCAGGGGACGACUCUGUUUUUUCAUCUGAUCCAAUGCCUUAUGAACCUUGUCUCCCUAAAUACCAACACAUAAAUGGCAGUAUUAAAACAUGAAAAGAACCUUCUUUUAUUCCAUACAGGAAUGAAGAAACAAGAAUGUCUACCUAACUAUGUAAAACAGCCUUCCUUCAGAUGCACGAUAUUUUGUUUGUACAUAUGAAAUGUAGGGACCAAAAGGGAUCAGAAGAAAGAAAGAAAGAAAGAAAGAAAGAAAGAAAGAAAGAAAGAAAGAAAGAAAGA